AUGGUGAAGAACAUUGUUGCAGUUGAUGAGAAAGAGGCACGAACAGAUGACAAGCAAACCAAUAGGACACCAAAGAUUUCUGACUACCUCAGGGUCUUCUCGUAUGCAACGAAAUGGGACUUCUUAGUCUACACAAUUGCCUCUGUCGCAUCAGUCGGCGCUGGUAUAACUCUUCCUCUCAUGAACGUCGUAUUCGGACAACUCGCUGGCCAAUUCACGGACUACUACAGUGCAUCUACCGCCUUGACACGAGAUGAUUUCGACCGUAUUCUGAACCGCCAGGCCUUGUACAUCAUGGCUCUCUUCAUGGGCCGUUGGGGUCUAAACGCCAUCAAUAAGUAUUGCUUCAGAAUGAUUGGCAUUAGACUGUCGUCAGCUAUACGCCUUCAUUAUCUGCGAUCGCUAUUCGCGCAAUCAAUCCAUGUCAUUGAUUCCAUGCCUGCAGGAGCUCCUGCAACUGCAAUCACCGCAACAACAAAUACCCUGCAGCUUGGUAUCUCCGAACGCCUUGGUACAUUACUGCAGUAUAUCACAACGAUUGUGGCUGCCAUUAUCAUUGCAUUCAUCUGGAGCUGGGAUCUGGCAUUGGUUACAUCUUCAUUGAUAUUGUAUACCAUGCUGGUCGUCACGUUCCUUAUGCCCCUCAUCCUCAAAGGUCAAACUGCGACUCUCAAGGCCGAUGAAGAAGGAACAGCCGUUGCAAGCGAGGCUCUCGGAGCGAUACGUCUGGUCUUAGCAUGUGGUGGCCAAAACCAUGUCCUUGCUCGUUAUGAGAACUGGGUGCAAGAGGCCUUGAAGAGGGCACAAAAGGCAGCUCCAUUUCUAGGCAUCCAACUGGGUCUGCUGUAUUUCGGCAUUUUUGGCGCCUUUGGCCUAGCAUUUUGGUACGGAACCAAAAAGUACAUCGCUGGCGGAAUCAGUAAUUCAAGUGUGGUCAUCGUCGUGCUGAUGUCUGUCAUGAUGAUUAUAACGUCACUGGGCUUCAUAUCAACCCCUCUCAUGGCCGUAAGUAAAGCCAUGGUUGCUGCUUGCGAGCUCUUGACAGUCAUUGAUGCACCGCCACCUACCUCUGGCUCUCUCAAACCAGAUAUCAGCUCGCAAGAUUUGGUUUUCGACAAUGUCACUUUCGAAUAUCCGGGUCGUCCUGGUGUCAGAGUUCUGGACGGACUAAGCUUCUGCCUUCGAUCAGGUCAAAACACAGCCUUCGUUGGCCCUUCUGGUUCGGGUAAAAGUACGAUUGUCGGUCUAUUGGAACGUUGGUAUUCACUCCAAGAUCAACAUACAUUGCAGAAGGUGGUCGCAGAGAAGCCAUCCAAGAAACCCGAGACUUUGGAGGCUGAAGUGAUCGACGAGCAAGCUGAAUUACAGGUCAAACCUGUCCUAUGCGGCUCCAUUAGCAUUGGUGAUCACAAUAUUGAAACCUUGGACCUUAGAUGGUGGAGGUCUCAGGUCGGAGUAGUUCAGCAAGAGCCUUUCCUCUUCAAUGACAGUAUCAUCAACAACGUCGCGAAUGGGCUUAUCGGCACUGAGUGGGAGAACGGUUCGGAAGAACAGAAAUUCGGACUCGUCAAGGAGGCAUGCCGUGAAGCGUACGCUCAUGGUUUUAUCACCCAGCUACCUGAUGAAUAUCACACGAAAGUCGGCGACGGUGGUAUCAAACUCUCAGGAGGGCAGAAACAACGAAUUGCUAUUGCAAGAAGCAUAAUCAAGAAGCCACGGAUCAUCAUUUUCGACGAAGCCACAAGCGCCGUGGACGCUAAAUCCGAAAAGAUCAUCCAAAUGGCUCUUGACAAAAUUGCGCAGAAUCGCACAACUAUCACCAUCGCUCAUCGUCUCUCAACAAUCAAAAAGGCUGAUUCUAUCAUUGUGUUGCAGAAUGGACGUUCGAUCGAGCAGGGAACUCACCAGAGUCUCGUCAAGGAUUCAUCCAGUGCAUACAGUGCCUUGAUACGUGCUCAGUCGAUGCAUCUCUCUUCUACCGACCAAGCGGAGUCUGAACAGCAGUCCUUGGAUGUAAAUGAGGUUCUUGGAAAGACGACAAGCGACACUAUACAGGCCACUGAACCGGUCAGUCUCGACACUCACAAGGAUGCGCCAACUGUGGCUACUCAGAACCUCUUCCAGACCUUCAAAAGACUUCUAAAUACACAGCGAGCUCAUCGAGUCUCUCUCGUCGGAAUCGUCUUUUCUGCCAUGGCAGUAGCAGCAGCUACGCCAAUCCAAGCUUGGCUCUUUGCAAAAGUCCUUGGGGUAUUCCUUUUGGACGGCGAAGAUGCAAAAAGCAGGUCCAGAUCUUGGGCUCUUAUGUGGCUUGUCCUUGCUGCAGGAUCGGGCCUUGCAAACCUUUGCGAAGCCUGGGUAGGCUUGCGCGUCCAGUAUUUCGUCAGUGCAGUAUACAAGACGCAGCACUUCACUGAUAUGCUCUAUCAGAAGAUCAGCUUCUUCGACAAGGAUAGUAACUCCCAUGGAACAUUGAGUUCGCGUAUCGCUGGUGAUGCCAAGUCUCUAGAAGAGGUCUUUGGUCUCAAUCUCGCGCUCGCUUUGUCUGGAAUGUUCAACGUGAUUGGAUGCAUAAUCAUUUCCUUGAUCUUCAGCUGGAAGCUGGGACUAGUCGCCUUGUUUGUCACCAUGCCCAUCAUGCUCUCCUCUGGUUUCUGGAGAUAUAGACAUGAUGUACAGUUUGACAAGAUGAACUCCAAGGUAUUCGCGGAAAGCUCGCAGUUUGCUACCGAGGCGAUAGGUGCGAUCAGAACAGUCUCCGCGCUCACUAUGGAGAGUAUCAUCACCAAGCGAUAUGCGAAGCUCUUGGCUGAACACGUUCAAGCAGCGCACACCAAAGCCCUGUGGACAUCUGGUCUCUAUGGCUUUGCAGACAGUGCCGGCCUUGGCUGUCAGGCACUGAUCUUCUGGUAUGGCGGCAGACUUCUGGCAAGUGGCGAGUUUGGCUUUGAAGCUUUCUUCGUUUGCUACAUGGCGAUGAUCCAGGGUGCAGAAGCCGCGAGUCAAGUUCUCAGUGUUGCCCCCAAUACUGCGCAAGCAACAGCUGCUGCCAAUCGUAUCUUUGAGAUACAGGCGUCUGCAAACACUAAUCGUGCUGCGGAGAGCAAUGAGAAAAGUAUACCCGAAGCUGACGGUGGAGUACGAGUUGAGCUUCACAAUGUGUCUUUCAGAUAUCCCACUCGAGAUUACUUCAUCUUCGAAGACCUUAACAUUAUCAUUGAGAAGGGACAAUACGCAGCUUUCGUGGGUCCAUCUGGCUGUGGCAAAACCACCAUCAUCUCUCUGCUGGAAAGAUUCUACGAUGUGAGCCCAGGACAAGGCGCGAUCAUCUGCAACGGUAUCAACAUCAACGACAUGAAUGUGUACGACUACCGACGCAAUUUAUCGCUGGUUGCUCAAGAACCUACAAUGUUCCGAGGGACCGUCCGUGACAACAUUCUCUUCGGCGUACCUGAUCCCAAUCAUGUUCCAGAUGAAAGAAUCCAUCAGAUCUGUCGCGACGCCCUCAUCCACGACUUCAUUACAUCUCUUCCUCAAGGCUACGACACUGACGUCGGCCAAAAAGGCAUAGCAAUGUCAGGUGGCCAGAAACAGCGCAUCGCCAUUGCUCGAGCCUUGAUACGCAAUCCCAAACUUCUCCUUCUUGAUGAAGCAACUUCCGCUCUGGAUAGUGAGUCUGAAAAAUCAGUGCAGGCCGCUUUUGAGCGUGCACGGAGUGGAAGAACAACGAUUGCCGUUGCUCAUCGGCUGUCUACUAUCCAGACUGCUGAUGUUAUCUUUGUGUUUGAUGAGGGAAAGGUGGUGGAGAAGGGGAAUCAUACUGAACUUGUCAAGAAGCGAGGUGUUUAUUGGAAUAUGUGUCAAAAUCAGGCUUUGGAUUAA